ACUCACCGUCUGCAAAAGAAAACGAAAAAGUAAAAAAAAAGCCCUGUCGCCCUGUUUUCCAACGUUCCCGCGAGGGGUAGCGAAACAUGCUAGAGCGUCGCUUGCACAAUGACCGCGCGUGUUUUAAACGAAAUCUUCUUCAAAAACUUCGUGUACGUCUGUUCCUUGUCGAGACCCGGCGACAAGACAAGGCCGCGGUUCACCACUUUCGACGCACUACUCACCGUCUUGUCGAUCGCGACGUUCUUCUCCGACAUCGCCACCGACGUAAUCGUGGUGACGCAGUACGCUCGCUCCGAGCUAUGGGUCUACGCCGGUAUGACGCUGUUCUUCGUGGUCAUGCCGUCGAUUGUGGUCAACUUGUUCAGUCUCCGGUGGCACAUCCACGACAAGAGAGGCUCCAGGGUCGCCUGGGUCGUCAACGUCUUGCAGCUGGGCGUCUUGCACAGGUAUCUACUCUCGCUGAAGACGGGCCUGAGGGCCGAACGGACUCAAGACCCGGAUGACUUUCAAGACCUGUACCAGCAGCACAGUGACCUGUGCAUGCUGCGGCUCUUCGACUCCUUUCUUGAGUCUGCACCUCAACUCGUGCUUCAGCUUUACAUCAUGGUCACCUACGAGGACUGGAACCUUUGGACGGGCAUCUCUGCUCUGCUUUCCCUGCUGUCUCUUGGCUGGGGCAUAGCGGCGUAUGGCAAGGCCAUGCGUCUGUACAGAGCAGAAAAAAAGCAGCUCUCUUGGACUGGCCUGAUCCUCCAGACGGUGUGGCGCUUUGGCACUAUGACCUCGCGCGUCACCGCCAUGGUCCUGCUUGCUUCCGUCUGCGGACCCUGGACCCUUCUUAUCCUCGGGUGCCACUGGCUCUUGAUGACGGUGUGGGUGACCCUUCACAACACCGACUUCUGUCCAUCGAGGUGGGAGGAACGGGUCUACAAUGCUGUGGUGGGCGUCAUCUACACAUUCUGCUUCUUCAACAUUGAGGAGGGCCACUCAAGGAGACGCGUGGUCCUCUUCUACGCAUUCACGGCAACACAAAACAUGGCGUUUCUCCUCGUCUACUGCCUGGCCCAGGAGCACGACCCGACACACGUAGCCGCCGCGUCUGCCGUCGUGCUUACAAGUUUCGCCACUGGAAUGUGCUGCAUGGCCCUGUAUUACCGGUUUUUCCAUCCCAGCGGUCCCAUCCCCAUCUGCCGACGAGAUUCCGACACUUCACAGAACGGAAAGGUAGUUGCGGAAGCUGACGAUGCGGAUGCGCCUGCGUACCACAGCACCCCGAAAGAAAAGACGAAGCAGCCUUCCGCCGCAGUGAAUGCAUCGCACUCGUUCCGAACGCUCAAGUACGUCGACUACCGCCACCAAAGUUCAUCGACACCCCGCCACUGGAGCGUCGACCGGCCGCCGAGAAACGGGACCUUCAGCCCGGUGCGCGACGACACCCCAUCCGACGAAUUGCGCCGCUCCAAUGACACGCCGGACGAUUCUCAACUUUCCGCAAACGCCUCCCCAAGCACUCGGCACUUGAGCGAGCUCCGCACGUCAUUUGUGGACGACAUCGUCGCCAAGUUCCUCAACUGCUCGCUUGAGGAGCGCCAUAGGUCGCACUCGCACAACUGCACGCUCGCCGAGCACGACGCGGAGGACGCAAGCGGUGGCGGCGGCGACGACUUCAACGCCAUGCGGGAGCGCACUUCGAGUCGUCAUCGCGUCGUCAACUUUAACUUUAGGCCUGCCGCAGCAAACAACGCAACGCCGGCCUUCCGGCGCCACUGUUCGUGCCUCGUGCUGUUUACGUUGGAGGACGGACUCGAUGCGUCGCGGGACGGCGCGAGGUCCGUCAGAAGAGGGUUGCAGGGAGUCAUGUCUGCGCCCAACGUCCGUCUGCAACGCGUCCCGUCUGGCGGCGGCUCGGAGUUGGGGUCGUGGUCGAUGUGCAACUACCUCCCGGCCGACGGGGCUUCGCUCGUUGUUCCCGAGAGUUCAUUGAGCGAUGGUGCGCACGUUGACAACGAAGUUGACACGUCGGUGCCCCUUUUCGACGGUUGAACGACUGGUGAAUUGUUUCUGUUGUAGAACGUUCCUCAAAGAAAGUAUGCGUGGGGUCGACGUAUUGGUGAAGUCAACAUGUCCAUUUCCUUUUUCGACGCGUGAACCGUUCCUGCUGCGAAACAUUCCUCGGAGGAGGCGCACGCGGGGUCGAGACUGUGCUUUCCUCGGCGGCAGACGACUUUAGGACUGUUUGUUUUAUUGAAGCCUGCGAACAAAGUCGCAGGAUGGAAACUAGAAUCCAGAAGCCAAGCCAGUAUUUUUCUACAGCUGUAUGAUUGUUCAUUGUACAGGUGUGUGUCACAAUUUUGGGUACAUUGGUUGCUACACGCCAUACAUAUCGUAAAUAUCUGCUCCCUCACUGCCACCCUUUUGUGGCCAAAUCCCCGCAUCCUUGGGCAGCAUUUCUAUUGCAGACUAACUCUGAAUUUUUAAGAAUACUCUCGGGCUUUGUGUCAUUUUUCGUGCUGUCCGAGGGCUCGGAAGCCAAGCUUUUACAUGCAUUUAUUUUCGUGGUGCAACAUUUAGGAAGCGUACGAGCUUUAAGCUCGUGUUCGACGUGUGUGGUCCAACAUGCUUGAGGGCGGAUGUGCCCGUGCCUCUGUCAGUCGACCACAGUUCAAGAACCGAAAGUGAAUGGAUCUUCAGUGAGAA